CCGUAGCAGGUCCCCUCCGGUUUGUGGGCGCUUCCCAUGCCACUUUUCGGAUGGAGUGGGGGACAGGAAGGUCCGGACACUCCUCCGCGCCUUCCAACGAUCCAUGAUCGCCUCCGUCACUGGGCGUCCGUCAGGGUUCGGAUGGGCCAUAAAGCUCUCCGUGGCCCUAGAGGGGGCGCUUCGGGACCCGGCAGCCUUAUACACCCGAGAGACUGAGGCUAGGAGCGCGACCCGCAGCCCAGGUCACAUCUCACCCAAGGCUGAGCCCGUGACACCUGCCUCAGACACCGGCCUUUAUGGCGGCGGCAGGGCUGAGAGACCCAGCGCAGGACUCUGUGACCUUUGAGGAUGUGACCAUCUACUUUUCCCAGGAGGAGUGGGGACUUCUUGAUGAGGCUCAGAGGCUCCUGUACUGCAAUGUGAUGCUGGAGAACUUUGCACUUAUAGCCUCUCUGGGACUUACAUCUUUCAGGUCCCACAUAGUUGCCCAGCUGAAGAUGGGGGCAGAGCCCUGGGUGCCUGACAGAGUGGACAUGUCUUCAGCCAUGGCAAGAGGGGCAUAUAAUGGGUCUGGCUCUGAUGUUCACCAUGGAACAGAGGGUGAGGAGUCACCUUGUGAGCAUAGUGUAGUAGGAGUGUCACAGGACAGGAAUCCUAAGGCAACUCUAUACACCCAGAAGGACUACCUCUCUGAUGUGUGUGACCUACACUUGAAAGACAUUUUGCACCUGGCUGAACACCAGGCAACACAUCCCAGGCAGAAACCAUAUGUGUGCGAUGCAAAUGGGAGAAAGUUAGAGUUCAUUGCAAACCUUCACCAGCAAAAGAUGCAGCAGGACAUAGACAAGUCUAUCAGAAAGCAGGAGGGUAGGGCCUUGCUUGUGAAGACCUGCAGAGAUGACACAUCUGAGAAACCUUUCAUAUUCAGGGAGCAUGGGAAGGACUUUGUAGCCAGAUUUGGCUUUCUUCAGCAUCAGAUCACUCACAGUGUGGAGGAGCCACACCAGGGCACCAAAUGUGCAGAGGAGUUUCACACUGUUCAAAGCCAUAACAGGUGCAGUGAAUUUGGGAAUGCUUUCAGUGACAAACCCACACUUGCUCAGCAACAGAGAACCCAUACUGCAGAAAGACCUUAUGAGUGCAGCAAAUGUGGGAUAUUCUUUAGUCACACCACUGGCCUCUUUCAGCACCAGAGAGAUCACAGUAGAGGAAAGCCUUAUGAGUGCUGUGAAUGUGGGAAAUUCUUUAGCCAACAUUCCAGUCUCAUUAAACAUCAGAGAGUUCACACUGGUGAAAGCCCUCAUGUAUGCAGUGAAUGUGGGAAAUUCUUUAGCAGAAGCUCUAAUCUCAUUCAACAUAAGAGGGUUCACACUGGAGAAAAGCCUUAUGAGUGCAAGGAAUGUGGGAAAUUCUUUAGCCAACGCUCCAACCUAAUUCAUCAUAAGAGGGUUCAUACUGGUAAAAGUGCUCAUGAAUGUAGUGAAUGUGGGAAAUCUUUCAACUGCAACUCCAGUCUAAUUAAACAUUGGAGAGUUCACACUGGAGAAAGACCCUAUAAAUGCAAUGAAUGUGGGAAAUUCUUUAGCCACGUUGCCAAUCUCAUUCAACAUCAAAUAGUUCACACUGGUGAACGGCCUUAUGUGUGCAGUGAGUGUGGGAAAACCUUCAGUCGAAGCUCUGAUCUCAUGAAACAUCAGAGGGUUCACACUGGUGAGCGGCCUUACCAGUGCCCUGAAUGUGGGAAGUCAUUUAGCCAGAGCUCCAGCCUUAAUAGCCAUCGGAGACUUCAUACUGGUGAACGGCCUUAUCAGUGCCCAGAAUGUGGGAAAUUCUUUAACCAAAGCUCUAGCCUCGGUAACCAUCGGAGACUUCACACCGGUGAGCGGCCUUAUGAAUGCCUGGAAUGUGGGAAAACCUUCAGACAGAGAUCUAAUCUGAGGCAGCACCAGAAAGUUCACAAACCAGAUAGGCCAUAUAAGUGCAGUGAAUGUGAGAAAGCCUUUAGCCAAAGGCGUACCCUCAUUCGGCAUCAGAAAAUUCACACUAGAGAAAGAAGUACAGAGAAUGUGCUUUCUCCUUCAGCACAAUGCACACUAGAGAAAAGCUCUGGGAGUAGUCUCUAUGAGGGAGCUGUCAGCCCAAAGCUGGACCUUGUUCAUUCAAAUAUUCAGUCUAGGGAGAUUCCCUAUGAAUGCUAGAUAUGUUGGAAGCUUUCUGGAGCUACGUUGUAUGUUCUGACUGUGGACUUUGCCAGCGUUUUUGGCAGAAGCCAUCUGAGCCUUACCCACUAGCAGGUCUUCAGGGUAUGUGCCAACUACUCCCUGUGCUCAGACUUCUCUUUAUAAGAGAAUUGUGAGUAAGCCUAUGGUCAUAAGAGUGCCUCAGUUCUUCCCAUUGUGACUUGUGUAUCUAUGCCCCUGACCCGUUUUGGCCAUGGAGACCUGAGCUGGGUUCUGCUGGCAGCUUGCUGAGAAGGUUUAAUUUCUUCAAGGAUAUUGUUGAGUUCAUGAUGCUCAUGAUGAAUUUAUCUAGCCUCCACAUUGCCCAUCCCAACAAGUACCUAAUUUAUAUUUCUCUGGUUUGGGUGAUAUUAAGGGUCUUAUUGACAAAGUCACCUUCAAUCUGUGUUCUGAUGCACUGAUUAAUGUGUGGAAUGGGUUGAGAAAAGAAUUAAGUUCUACCAAAUUAAAGGGAUCCCUAAAUUUAUUGUCUUAGAACAGCAGAGAGCAGCUCUCAGUCCAGAUAUGGCCUCAUUUUUAUUGGUAUUCAAGACUGCCUAGGCAAAAUUGUAGGGAUUUUGGGAGCCUAACAUCUGAAUGACAUGAAUUCUUGUGGACCCAGAGAUCACCUCAAAGAAGGGGCAUUUGUGACAGACUUUGGUGCAUCUGAGAGUAGCAUGAAUUAGGCCCCACUGUUUCCAGGGGAUGUCUCAUAUUCCCUAGCACUGUUGAACAGACACUAUUUACUUUGGCAUCUGUCAAGGAGCCAUAUACCUUGAAGUCUAACAUACGGUAUUUGAUUAUAAGUGAUUGUAAGACUUACUGGGUCCACUGGGACCAUAAUUUGUACAGGAACACUGGAAGUUAUAAUGGAGUAAGUGAGGCUGCAGCAAACUAGAGGGAAUGUAUUAAAAGAUUUUAUUUGUUUUUAGAAAGAAGGGAAGGGAGGAAGAAUUUAAGGCAGAGAAACAUCAAUGUGUCAUUGCUCCUCAUGCACCCCCUACUGGAGACAUGAUCCACAACCCAGACAUCUGGCCUGACUGGAAAUUGAACCUGUGACCCUUUGGUUUGUAGGCUGGCACUCAAUCCACUGAGCCACAUCAGCCAGGGCUGGAAUGUACCUGUUUUAAAAGAGCAUCUACAAAUGUUUUCUUGACUAUGACUGCAGGAUUCAGACUUUGCAGAAGUUUUCAAGACCACCAGACUUCUGUCACGACUAGGGUUACUGGCAGAGCAAAUAAUCGAAAAAGUUUUGUAGAUUACUGUAGGCUCACUGCAUUAUCUCAAAGCCACUGUUGCAUUGGCAGAAAAAUAGGACCUGAGAGGAGGUAGAUUCUGUAUUCCAGGGGUGUUACAUUUGUGACAUAGCCAGCCACUUUUGCUGCCAAAGCAAUGAGAAAGUAGAAUUAAUGUGGGGUUACCAAAUCUUCCAAUUUGCUAAAUGAAUGGAGAUCGGAUUCUUAUGUGCAACAAUUUCUUUUAAUACUUUAUUGAGAUAAAGUGGUCAGGCAAUAAAUAAUUAUAUGUAUUUAGUAUGUACAAUUUCAUAUGUUUUUAAGUGUGUGUAUACUCAGGGAAUCAACACUAUAGUCAUGAUAAUAAACCUAUCCAUUACCCACAAAUCUACCUUGUGCCCCUUUAUUAUUUCUCUUUGUCUUUCCCAGGAAACCAUUAGCCUCAUCCCAAGGAAUCUAUUAACCUUUUCUCACAUAGAUUUGUUUGUGUUCUAUAGAUUUUAUACAAUUAAAAAGGAAUUAUAAAGUACUUAUACUCUACUUUU